UAAUUUGAUUUCCUGGUUGGCCCAUUCAUUGUCUAGCAGUAUGUGGUUUAACCUCCAUAUAUAUGUGGUCUUUCCAAAUUUUUCUUGUGAUUGACUUCUAGUUUCCUAGCAUUGUGGUUAGAAAAGGUGCAUGGUAUGACUUCAACCUUCUUGAAUUUGUUAAGGCCUGUUUUGUGGCCUAAUGUGUGAUCUAUUAUGGAGAAUGUUCCAUGUGCACUUGAAAAGAAUGUGUGUUCUGCUUUCUUAACAUGGGAUGUUCUGAAUAUAUCUGUUGAGUCCAUCUGGUCCAGCGUGCCAUUCAAAGCCAUUGUUUCCUUGUUGAUUUUCUUUUUAGAUGAUCAAUCCAUUGAUGUAAGUGGGGUGUUACAGUCCCUACAAUUAUUGCAUAAUUAUGAAUUAGUUCCUUUAUGUUUGUUGUUUUCUGUAUUUGGGUGCUUUAUGUAAGGUGCAUAAAUAUUUACAAUUGUUGUAUCUUCUUGUUGGAUUGUCCCUUUAUUAAUAUAUAGUGGCCUUCCAGCUCUUUCUACCAUCUUUCUGUGCCGCCAUUAUGGUGAGCAUGAAUGUCCUGGCAGAUCCUCUCAAGAGCAUUAACAAUGCUGAAAAGAGAGGCAAACGCCAGGUUCUUAUUAGGCCAUGCUCCAAAGUCAUUGUCCGAUUUCCGACUGUGAUGAUGAAGCAUGGUUACAUUGGCGAAUCUGAAAUCAUCGAUGAGCACAGAGCUGGGAAAAUUGUUGCGAACCUCACAAGCAGAUUAAACAAGUGUGGAGUGAUCAGCCCCAGGUUUGAUGUACAACUCAAAGAUCUAGAAAAAUGGCAGAAUAAUCUUCUCCCAUCCCGCCAGUUUGGUUUCAUUGUGCUGACAACCUCAGCUGGCAUCAUGGACCAUGAAGAAGUAAGACAAAAACACACAGGAGAGAAAAUCCUGGGAUUCUUUUUCUAGCGAUGCAAUACAUUCAUACAAAUAAAAUGCCUCACUGGAAAAAAA